AAUCAGGGACUCUGAGGUAGGGGACAGUUCAAUCAGACAAGCAGCUGGACCGGACAGGGCUCUUCCGGGUUUGGCGCGGCCUUUGUCUCUCGCUUCAGCCAGAGUUCCAGGUCUCGUCUUCACUGCUUUGUCCUCUGCUCUUAGAGGCCCAGACUCUGUGGCUCUGUGACCUACAGGUAUUGGGAGAUCCACAGCUAAGACGCCAGGACCCCCUGGAAGCCUAGAAAUGGGACUAUUGACAUUUAUGGAUGUGGCUGUAGAAUUCUCUCUGGAGGAGUGGCAGUGCCUGGACACAGCACAGCAGAAUUUAUAUAGGAAUGUCAUGUUAGAGAACUACAGAAACCUGGUAUUCCUGGGUAUUGCUGUCUCUAAGCCAGACUUGAUCACCUGUCUGGAGCAAGGAAAAGAGCCCUGGAAUAUGAAGAGACAUGAGAUGGUAGCCAAACCCCCAGCUAUGUGUUCUCAUUUUGCCAAAGACCUUAGGCCAGAGCAAUACAUAAAAAAUUCAUUCCAACAAAUGAUACUGAGAAGAUACGGAAAAUGUGGAUAUCAGAAUUUGCAAUUAAGAAAAGGCUGUAGAAGUGUGGAUGAGCAUAAGUUGCACAAAGGAGGUCAUAAGGAACUUAACCAGUGUGUGACAACUACGCAGAGCAAAAUAGUUCAGUAUGAUAAAUAUGUGAAAGUCUUUCUUAAAUAUUCAAAUUCAAAGAGACAUAAGAUAAGACAUACUGGAAAAAAUCCUUUCAAAUGUAAAGAAUGUGGCAAAUCAUUUUGCAUGCUUUCACAACUAACUCAACAUGAGAUCAUUCAUACUGGAGAGAAACCCUACAAAUGUGGAGAAUGUGGCAAAGCUUUUAAAAAGUCCUCAAACCUUACUAAUCAUAAGAUAAUUCAUACUGGAGAGAAACCCUACAAAUGUGAAGAAUGUGGAAAAGCUUUUAACCAGUCCUCAACUCUUACUAGACAUAAGAGAGUUCAUACUAGAGAGAAACUCUACAAAUGUGAAGAAUGUGGCAAAGCUUUUAACCGGUCCUCAAACCUUACUAAACAUAAGAUAGUUCAUACUGGAGAGAAACCCUACAAAUGUGAAGAAUGUGGCAAAGCUUUUAACUGGUACUCACACCUUACUACACAUAAGAGAAUUCAUACUGGUGAGAAACCCUACAAAUGUGAAGAAUGUGGCAAAGCCUUUACUCUGUCUUCACACCUUACUACACAUAAGAGAAUUCAUACUGGAGAGAAACCCUAUAAAUGUGAUGCAUGUGGCAAAGCUUUUAGUGUAUUCUCAACCCUUACUAAACAUAAGAUAAUUCAUACUGAAGAGAAACCCUACAAAUGUGAAGAAUGUGGCAAAGCUUUUAAGCGGUCCUCACACCUUACUAAUCAUAAGGUAAUUCAUACCAAUCAUAAGGUAAUUCAAGAGAAACCCUACAAAUGUGAAGAAUGUGGUAAAGCCUUUACUAAGUCCUCAACUCUUACUUAUCAUAAGGUAAUUCAUACUGGAAAGAAACCCUACAAAUGUGGAGAAUGUGGCAAAGCUUUUAAAAAGUCCUCAAACCUUACUAAUCAUAAGAUAAUUCAUACUGGAGAGAAACCCUACAAGUGUGAAGAAUGUGGAAAAGCUUUUAACCAGUCCUCAACUCUUACUAGACAUAAGAGAGUUCAUACUGGAGAGAAACCGUACAAAUGUGAAGAAUGUGGCAAAGCUUUUAACCGGUCCUCAAACCUUACUAAACAUAAGAUAGUUCAUACUGGAGAGAAACCCUACAAAUGUGAAGAAUGUGGCAAAGCUUUUAAGCAGUCCUCAAACCUUACUAAUCACAAGAAAAUUCAUACUGGAGAGAAACCUUACAAAUGUGGAGAAUGUGGCAAAGCCUUUACUCUGUCUUCACACCUUACUACACAUAAGAUAAUUCAUACUGGAGAGAAACCUUACAAAUGUAGAGAAUGUGGCAAAGCCUUUACUCUGUCUUCACACCUUACUACACAUAAGAGAAUUCAUACUGGAGAGAAACCCUACAAAUGUGAAGAAUGUGGCAAAGCUUUUAACCGGUCCUCACACCUUACUAAUCAUAAGGUAAUUCAUACUGGAGAGAAACCCUACAAAUGUGAAGAAUGUGGUAAAGCCUUUACCAAGUCCUCAACUCUUACUUAUCAUAAGGUAAUUCAUACUGGAAAGAAACCCUACAAAUGUGAAGAGUCCUCAACUCUUACUUAUCAUAAGGUAAUUCAUACUGAAAAGAAACCCUACAAAUGUGAAGAAUUUGGUAAAGCCUUUAGUAUAUUCUUAAUCCUUACUAAACAUAAAGUAAUUCAUACUGAAGAGAAACCCUACAAAUGUGAAGAUUGUGGCAAAACUUUUAACUACUCCUCAAAUUUUACUAAUCAUAAAAAAAUUCAUACUGGAGAGAAACCCUAUAAAUGUGAAGAAUGUGGCAAAAGCUUUAUUCUGUCCUCUCACCUUACUACACAUAAGAUAAUUCAUACCGGAGAGAAACCCUACAAAUGUAAAGAAUGUGGCAAAGCUUUUAACCAGUCCUCAACCCUUAUGAAACAUAAGAUAAUUCAUACUGGAGAGAAACCCUACAAAUGUGAAGAAUGUGGCAAAGCCUUUAACCAGUCCCCAAACCUUACUAAACAUAAGAGAAUUCAUACCAAAGAGAAACCCUGCAAAUGUAAAUAAUGUGUCAAAUCCUUUAGUGUAUUUUCAACUUUUGUUAAAACAUAAGAUAAUACUGGAAAGAAAUCCUACAAAUGUGAUAAAUGUGGCAAAGCCUUUAACUGGCUCUUAAUCGUUGUGAAAAAAAAGAUAAUUCAUACUAGAGAGAAACCCUACAAAUGUAAAGAAUGCGGCAAAGUACUUAACUGGUCCCCAAAUCUUACUACACGUAAAAAAAAAAAAAAAAAAAAAAAAAAAUUA